AGGCCUGCGUGGAAGCCACCGAGGGCGCUCAGGCUGCAUAAAUAGGGCCGGUGCUCCCCGGCACGGCACGGCACAGCACAGCUCAGCUCAGCACAGCUCAGCUCAGCACAGCUCAGCUCAGCACAGCACAGCUCAGCACAGCAGGGACCGCAGUAGUGGCAGUGCGGGCAUCCCCAGCACUCAGGAUGUCUCCCAAGGCGGCCGCCCUUGUCCUGGUGCUCCUCGUGGUCUCAGGAGCCCAGGCUGAUGUCAACCCGGACGAGGUGGCCAGCGUGCUCUGGAAGUACUUCACGGAGCUGGGCAGCAAUGCCAAGGACACAGUGGAUCAGCUGCAGCAAGCCGAGAUCACCAAGCAGCUCAACACCCUCCUGGGGAGCAACCUGCAGAGCGUCAGCUCGUACGCCGAGGACCUGCAGCGGCGGCUGGUGCCGUUCGCCACGGAGCUGCAGGCGCGGCUGGCGCAGGACUCGCAGCGCCUGAAGGAGCAGAUCCGGCAGGAGCUGGCGGAGCUGCAGGCCAAGCUGGCGCCCUAUGCCGACGAGGUGCACCAGCAGAUCGGCACCAACAUCCGCCAGCUCCAGGCCAAGAUGAGCCCCUACGCCGAGGAGCUGCGCUCGCAGGUGGACCGCGGCGCCGGCGACCUGCGCCGGGCGCUGGAGCCCUUGGCCGCUGAGCUGCGGGACCGGCUGCAGGGCAACGCCGAGGACAUCCAGGCUUCGCUCAGCCCCUACGCCGACCGGCUGCAACAGCAGAUCGAUGGCGGCGUGGAGAGCAUCAAGGAGCGCCUGGCGCCCUUGGCCGACGAGCUGAAGGCGCAGGUGGGGAGGAGCGUGGCGGAGCUGCGCCGCGGGCUCAGCCCCUACGCGCAGGAGGUGCAGGACGGCCUCAACCGUCAGCUCGAGGGUCUGACGGCGCGGAUGGAGCGAGUGGCCGAGGAGCUGCGGGCGCGCCUGGCCGCCAGCUCGGAGGAGCUGCGGGCGCAGCUCAGCCCCCUGGCGCAGGAGCUGCGGCAGGCAGCAGGCAGCGAUGCCGAGGGGCUGCAGCAGCGCCUGGAGCCCCUUGUGCAGAGCCUGGAUGAGCGCGUGGGGCAGACGCUGGAGGCUUUCCGGCAGCAGGCAGCCCCCUUCGGGGAGGCCUUGGGGCGGCAGCUGGUGCAGCGGCUGGAGGACAUGCAGGGCAAGCUGGACUCGGGCGCUGCCGGCGUCGAGGAUCACCUCGAGCUGCUGGAGAAGGAGGUGCGGGAGAAGGUGGCCGCCUUCCUCAGCACUGCGCCACCGACGGCGGACUGAGCCCCCCGAUGGCGCCAUGGGGAUGGGGUGUGCUCACGGCACAAAUAAACCCGUGUGUGUGAUGCACA